AUGGAUAUAAAGCCUAAUGAUUCUGACCGUGUUAUUCAGCGCAGUGUUGACACAGGAGAGUUUGUGAUAAAAUCGAUAGAAACAUCCCUGCAGGACUGGACAGAAAGCGUGGAUGCGGAAUGUCAGAUAGAUUGUGUGACUGGGGAGAAUGUUACUGACGAGGACACGAUUGCUGAACUGAUGGCGGAAGUAAUGACAGCAAACAGCUACAACAAACACAAACGGCCGCCCCCACGCAGUCUCCCAACCAUUUUACGGGUGGGAUUUUACGUGGAAACGCUGGCAUCCAUCAGCGAACUGGACAUGGAGUUCACCAUCAACAUUUACCUGCGGCAGACUUGGGUGGACCCUCGGCUGGCCUACAUUUCCUCAUUAACAGCUGUUAUGGUGGACACUAGCUUUUUGACCCACCUAUGGCAGCCAAGCUUGUACUUUGUGAACGGCAAAGAAGAGAAAAGUCAUAAUGUGCCCGUUCCCAACAAACUGGCGAUGCUCGACCCUAACGGCACUGUGUUUUACAGUCAAAAACUGUCGCUCCGAUUAUACUGCGGAAUGGACUUGGAAAAGUUCCCUUUCGACAAACAGGAAUGCCCAGUCAAGAUGAUGAGCUACGCCUACAACUCCAAGGGUAUUCUUUUGGAAUGGAUGAAGGUCAAGUCUCCUGUUGAAAUAAAGCCCAACCUGGAAUUGCCAGAAUUUAUAGUUGCAAAAACAAGCUUACACAACUGCUCGUCAACAUACAUAACAGGGCGGAUUCACCUGAAGAGGCGAUACCUCCAGUACGCCAUUCAGAUUUACGUACCAAGUGCCCUGAUGGUCAUCUUAUCCUGGGCCAACUUCUGGAUUGACCACCGAUCUACCCCGGCCAGGGUGUCGUUAGCUCUCCUCUGUAUCCUCACCAUAACCACCCAGAGCUCCGGGGCAGGGUCAAAGUUGCCCAAAGUGGCUUAUGUCAAGGCUAUAGACGUCUGGAUGUCCGUCUGCAUGGUGUUUGUCUUCAGCGCCUUCAUCGAGUUUACCCUGGUGAACAUCAUGGCGCGGAGGGUGGAAGGUGAAAAGACCCCGAGCCUACUACAGCGGGCCAAAAACAUCUCGGGUGGAGCCAAGAACGUGGUUGGGGUCCAGUCGGAUGGAAAGUGUGCGGAGGAUAAGACACUUAAAGCAAAACCCAGCAUGAACAUUCUUCAGAUGGCGACCGCUCGAUUUGCCUGGAGAGGGCUCACGGGCCAUAAUGACAACAAAAUUAUCCCGCCCUUGACGCUGGACUCCAAGUCCAGAGUCUUAUUUCCUUUCCUGUUUAUUGCUUUUAAUAUCAUAUAUUGGGUAUAUUAUUUGGUGUUGCUGUAAAAAUCAAACUGAGAAACUACCAUGUAUAUUUGUGCAAUCGUUUCCAUCGGGUUUUGUGAAGUGAUAAUGGGAUCAGAUUUCCUGUGGUCGCAAUGGAAGCUCGUUUGCUACAGAAAGUGAUCAGUUGAGAUAUGUCCAAAACUAAUCGCAUGAGUUCAGCAAAACUGCGUAGGAUACGGUUGGGUCUAAGCUCCUAGCGUGUAAAUAUUGCCAUGUAGAUAACAGGUCGGCAGCCAGCAUUCAGGGUGGGAUCGUACAAA